GUACUCCCACCACUUGUCCCGGCGGUCUGUGGAGGCUACCUUGCCGGGGAGUGGGGCAUUUAUCUUUGGUGUGUGGAGGGUGGGGGCUUUUCUAAGCUCACGCCGGUCACAGCCGAUAUAAACCGGGCUGCGUGUGCGGGUUAAGACUCAUUAAAGCUUCCGCUGUGCCCCUACCGUGUGGUCUUUCUACGUCGUCAUCAUCGAUAUUAACACCGCGUUUGUAUUGCUUUGUCAGCAUUGUAUAGCUGCUGCUGAUGAUAAUGAUGACAUAGCAGCAGCAGCAGCGUUAGCGACAGCCGGGGCUUUAAAAAAAAAAAACCCGCUAGAUAUUUUUUUCAACCGAGCCGCUUGCGAUAGCUAGCGAUGGGCCAUGUGUAAAAAAAAAAAACGAAACCUUAACGCGGAAACAUACAAACCCGCCGACACUGUAAGCGCUGUUACAUUUCGCCGUUCGCGAGACGAGUCCCCCGAGGGGCGAGGUUUGAGUCGUGGCGAUGGUUUGUUUGGUGUGACGUUGACGUCUAAUAGACGCGCGGCGCAGCGGGUGUUUUAACCGCUGGCCACCGCGACACGCACGCACGCUGCUGCUGCAGUUGCAGUUGCCGCUGCGCGCAUGCAUAAUGCGGUAGUGGCACGCGAUGCACGGUGAAUAGCGAGCGACGCUUUGGCGCACGAAAGGGUGGAAAUCUUAAUAUCCUUGCGUGACGGGCAUGAACCUCGGGGGUUUCUCAAUCGGUUCCGAAUGAUCUCCGUUCGACUAAUCAUUGCAUCACCACCCAUAGACGUCUAAAAAAAAACAGCGUUGCUCUCGGUAUGCCUUAAUUGGGGAGGGGGGACAGAAGCUGACGCUCGCCCGCCAAUUAAGCGAACCAAGAGACAACUCGGAACAUGGACGAGACGACGAACGUCUCAAAGGUUCGUGGAGAUUCUGGUGGCGGCGGCGGCGCUGAUGGUGGUGGCGGUGGAGUCGAACCCGGGGUCCCCUCUGCGGCUGGUGGGACGAGUGACCCCCCGUGCGGCCCCUCGCAAGCACCCACCCUGGCGAGACCACCUCCGGCCGGUGGGUCGGGAGCUGACCGGCCAGGGGGGGGGCCUUCGGUCGACGUUCCGGGAGCCGACCCUGCUCCUCCAAGCGCACAUUCGGCCAGCGUCUCGGACGGUGGCCUCUCAAGGACACCCCCGCCGGCCGGUGUCCCCGUGCCCGACCGGGCGAGAGGAUCGUCGGUGGACGACGUCUCGGGAGGGGGCCUCUCGGCAGAACAUUCGGCCCGUGGCCCGGCGUCCGAGCUCCCGGGAGGACGUUCGUGCGGUGUCCCAGGAGGAGGCCACCCGCCCCAAGGCUGGGCAGAGUCGUCCUCGCCGGAGGUGGAGGUCGACUCCGCCGGUGACAUGGGACGCUUCGCGAGGCUGUUUUCGCGUCUGGACGCGGACGGCAACGGGAAGGUGGACAUCGACGAGCUCCGUGCCGGACUGCGGCUCGCUGGGUCCGGGCAACUCAUGGAGGGAGUUGACGAGGAGAUACUGCGCGUGGGAGACACGAACCAAGAUGGGCAGCUCGACUUUGAGGAGUUUGUGCGGUACGUCAAGCAGCACGAGAAGAAGCUGUGGCUCACGUUCAAGAGCUUGGACCGGAAUAACGAUGGUGAGAUCGACGCGUCUGAAAUUAUGCAAUCCCUGUCAAGCCUGGGUGUGACGGUCAACCUGCAGCAAGCGGAGAAGAUACUGAGAAGCAUGGACAAGGACGGCACCAUGACGGUGGACUGGAACGAGUGGCGCGACUACCACUACCUGAACCCCGUUACGAACAUGAGCGAGAUCAUCCUCUACUGGAGGCACACCAUGAUCUUGGACGUGGGCGACAGCAUGGCCGUGCCGGAUGAGUUCACGGAGGAGGAGCGGCGCAGCGGCACGUGGUGGCGGCAGCUGGUGGCCGGCGGUGGCGCCGGCGUGGUCUCUCGCACCUGCACGGCGCCGCUUGACCGUCUCAAGGUCAUCAUGCAGGUGAAAGCUUCCCGCCACAACACCAUCGGCGUGGUGGGCGGCCUCGCGCACAUGAUCAGGGAGGGCGGCGUCCGCUCGCUGUGGCGCGGGAACGGUGUCAACGUGAUCAAGAUCGCCCCGGAGACGGCCAUCAAGUUCAUGGCGUACGAGCAGAUCAAGAAGCUGAUCGGGAUGCGGCAGGAGCAGAUCGGCGUGCAGGAGCGGCUGGUGGCCGGCUCGCUCGCUGGCGCCACGGCGCAGACGGUCAUCUACCCCAUGGAGGUGGUGAAGACGAGACUGGCGCUGGGCAAGACGGGGCAGUACAGCAGCAUGGUCGACUGCGCUCGCAAAAUCGCGAAACGCGAGGGCCUGCGGGCAUUCUUCAAGGGCUACUUGCCCAACGUGCUUGGGAUCAUCCCCUAUGCGGGCAUCGACUUGGCCACCUAUGAGACGCUGAAGAACUGGUGGCUCCAGAAGCACGGCGCCGAGGGGGCGAACCCGGGCAUCGCCGUGCUGCUCUGCUGCGCCACCACCUCCAGCACGUGCGGGCAGCUCGCCAGCUACCCGCUCGCGCUCGUGCGCACGCGCAUGCAGGCCGCGGCGAGCAUUGGGGGCCCUGGAGCGUCGCAGCCCGGCAUGGUGGGGCUCAUGCGCUCCAUCGUGCAGCAGGACGGGCUGCUGGGCCUGUACCGUGGCAUCGCGCCCAACUUCAUGAAGGUCAUCCCUGCCGUGGGCAUCAGCUACGUCGUUUACGAGAACCUCAAAGGGGCGCUCGGCGUGACGUCGCGGUGACCCCGGCGACCCUUCAAGCGGAACAACGGCAAAACAAACGUAAACUCUGAACGACACUGGCGACUUCCCGGAGAUGAUGAUGAUGAUGAUGAAACUGCACUCCCCCGCCUCCCCCCACCCCCGCCUACCAGUGGGGGUUGGCGGUCAAACUAAAGGAAGCUGCUCGGCAAUAAACAUCGCCGGCAUGCACCAGAGUCGCUGUUUAGAGUCGCGCACGCCAUGGGAUGGUUUUGCUGAAUUUCCACCACCGGCUUAGGGACACCGGCACGGCUGAGCAUCGCCGCACCCUUGUUAGAACAGGGCGUCUCCGUGACGUGACUCGUUGAAUAGCACCCCGCGAUUAGAUCGCGAAGGCGUAUGUUGCCAUGCGGUGGACGUAACGGUUACGCGUGAGGCUCUGAUUGUGGCUGCGUCAGACGCAAGGGGACUUGCGUGUGCUUCGGCGAAUCCUACAGCAGCUCGCAGAGACUUUUAAUCGUGAGCGGUUAGCACCGUGAGCGCUGGCUUGGUUUGGAAUUCAACACAGCAGCAUGACAGCUGGUGUAAAACUGUUUAUGAGUUCUGAGCUUGGGUUAAUGAUUUAGGCACGAAAUGUUUUGCAUGCAGGUCAGGUUCAUGUUGCCCCCCUCCCGCCUUAUGAUUAUAUUUAAAAGCAUAAAACAUUUCCAGCAUCUAGAAAGUUCGCAAGCAUAUAUAUUGCAAAUGACGCUUUCGGCAUCACGUCACGUGACGAAGAAUCUAUUCGAAUGUCUCGCAGAGCAGUGCGCCGGAGCGGUUGCAGAAGAGCUAUGGUUCUCACGGGAAUUCUCGCAAAGAAAAUCCGUCAAGUGACCUUGUAAACCUUUACCCAGUAGGGCUUGCACUCCUCCAUACUGUGAGCUAGUCUCAUGGCGGUCCAACCAAUAUACUCAUUUAUGAAUGAGACCGUUAUACUUUGAGAACGUCGUUUGAUCACUGUUGGCUGCACCCAAUUCUGACCUAUGAUCUCCUCGGUGCGAGCUCGGAGCUAAUUCGUCAGCGCCCUGACCUCUGAGCCACCCGACCAGUGCCAUUUUAGUUUUUGCUACAAAUAAAAUUAUUUUCUCCGUUUAGUUUAAUGCCACGAUGUCACCGAGGUGCAACGGGCUUGCGAUCCAGAGGUUGCCCAAUCGAUCUCCCGGCGCGGCAGGUUCCUUGAAUUCCCCCCGCAUCUGUCCUCCCAGUAGUAUACGUGGGCAUGUGCACCAGAUCACGUGUGGUGGGGUAGAGUGUGGGUACUCCCACCCCUUUCGAGAUGUCUGGCCAGCGUGGGAGAGUAGUGCACAUUCCCUGGAGAGGGCACUCUCUCGAGCUCCCUCUCGUGGAGGCCCUUUUCACCUGGGGUGGCGUGCGCAAGCACAGUUGCAUGCCUUCACCUUGACCUUUUUAGAUUAAUGUUCGAGCGGGCAGCAGACACCCACCGCUACCAGAUGAAGCCUGUUUGGAAUCGCAGACUUGUGUUCAGUCGUUACAUCUUCUGUGAACGCAUCUUUGAAGCACAGGCACUAACCAGAUGCUUGGUGAGUUAAUAAAUGCGCUGACGCGUGUUAAUUAUUGGCACCUAAUGUUCUACAACCAGCAAACUUUGAUUAAGCAGAAAAAAAAAA